CGAUUAAAAGGAAAACCCGUUCUGUUCGAAUCGCACGUUCUGCUUCCUUCUUUUUUCUCUUGCUGCUGCUCCAUUAUUCCUCUGUUAGACAUCUUGUGUUGUUUCUUUGAUUUAGGGCUCAGAAUGGAGAACGGAGUGAAGAGCAAUGGAGAUACAAAGUCACCGACUUUGGUAGAAAAGACUGAGAUGGAGACAGAGGAAGUAGAUGUUAAGAAUGACGAGCCUUCUUUUAUAUCAAGGUCAAUGGAAGAAGAGGAAAAACAGCUUUUGGAAACUCGAAUCAAGGAAGAGAAGGAGGAAUCCAAACAUGAGCCAGACGAGGCACCAAAGCUUAAUGAAAGUCAAUUUAGCAAGUUGGAUGAGCUUUUAACGCAAACCCAACUUUACUCGGAAUUUUUGCUGGAGAAAAUGGAUGACAUCACACUUAAUGGCGGUGAACAAGAGGGCCAACAAGAGGAGGAACCGGUUGAGAAAAAGAGGGGCCGUGGCUCAAAAAGAAGAGCAAAAUCAGAAUACAAUAAUAAGAAAGCCAAAAGGGCAGUAGCUGCCAUGCUUACAAGAUCUAAAGAAAGUGAGAGUGCUGAAGAUAUGAACCUGACGGAAGAGGAAAGAAUUGAUAAGGAACAGAAAGAGCUCAUACCUCUGUUGACAGGUGGAAAGUUGAAGCAAUAUCAAAUGAAGGGUGUCAAAUGGUUGAUCUCCUUGUGGCAAAAUGGACUGAAUGGGAUUUUGGCUGAUCAAAUGGGUCUUGGGAAGACAAUCCAAACUAUCGGUUUCCUUGCACAUCUGAAAGGGAAGGGUUUGGAUGGCCCAUAUUUGAUAAUUGCUCCUCUAUCAACCCUUUCUAAUUGGAUGAGUGAAAUUUCUCGGUUUGCUCCAACACUCACUGCAAUUAUUUACCAUGGUGACAAGAAGGACAGAGAUGAGAUUCGAAGGAAGCAUAUGCCUAGAACGAUUGGCCCAAAAUUUCCCAUAGUCAUCACUUCCUAUGAAGUUGCGUUAAAUGAUGCUAAGAAAUAUCUCAGGUUCUACCAUUGGAAAUAUGUUGUAAUUGACGAGGGACACAGGCUCAAAAACUCCAAAUGCAAAUUAGUCCAGAUGUUGAAAUUCUUGCCCGUUGAAAAUAAACUUCUUUUAACUGGGACACCUCUUCAGAAUAACCUGGCUGAGCUAUGGUCAUUGUUGAACUUCAUUUUACCUGACAUUUUCUCAUCCCUUGAAGAAUUUGAGUCAUGGUUUAAUCUGUCAGGAAAGUGCAGUAAUGGAGCAACAAAAGAAGAACUAGAAGAAGGAAGAAGAGCUCAGGUGGUAGCUAAGCUCCAUGCCAUCUUGCGCCCCUUUCUUCUCCGAAGGAUGAAGAGUGAUGUUGAGCAGAUGUUACCACGAAAGAAAGAGAUAAUUAUAUAUGCCAGUAUGACUGAACAUCAGAAGAAUUUUCAGGAACAUUUAAUUAAUAAGACAUUGGAGAAAUAUUUUCGUGAAAAAUCUGCAGUGGGACGUGCUUCCAAAAAUCUUCGUAAUCUGGUCAUUCAGCUUAGAAAGAACUGUAAUCAUCCUGACCUCUUAGAGUCAGCCUUCGAUGAUUCGUUUCUCUAUCCACCUGUCGAUGAGAUAGUUGAACAAUGUGGGAAAUUCCGUUUACUAGACCGUCUGUUGGCUCGUUUAUUUGCACGGAAGCACAAAGUUCUAAUCUUCAGCCAGUGGACUAAAAUUUUGGAUAUAAUGGAUUACUAUUUUAGUGAAAGGGGCCUUGAAGUCUGCAGAAUUGAUGGCAGUGUAAAGCUAGAUGAGAGGAAAAGACAGAUUCAGGAGUUCAAUGAUGUGAAUAGCAAUUACAGGAUCUUUCUUCUCAGUACUAGGGCUGGGGGAUUGGGAAUCAACCUUACUGCAGCUGAUACUUGUAUCAUUUAUGACAGUGAUUGGAAUCCUCAGAUUGAUUUACAGGCCAUGGAUAGAUGUCACAGAAUAGGUCAAACUAAACCUGUUCAUGUUUACAGGCUUGCUACAGCUCACUCCGUGGAGGGUCGCAUGUUGAAAAGGGCUUUCAGCAAGUUGAAGCUUGAGCAUGUGGUGAUUGGAAAGGGGCAAUUUCAUCAAGAACGGAUGAAGCCCAACUCAAUGGAUAACAAAGAGGAUGAGGAAUUGUUGGCAUUGCUUCAAGAGGAAGAAUCUGCUGAAGACAAAGCGAUCCAAACAGAUAUUAGUGAUGAAGACUUAGAGAAGCUUUUGGAUCGCAGUGAUCUUGUCUCUGGUAACUUAAAUUGUCCGAGCAAAAUUCCUCUUAAAGGGCCUGGAUGGGAGGUGGUGAUUCCAACUGGGAGCAUGCUUUCUACUCUUAACAGCUAAUUUCUCUUAUCUAUUUGCAUAGCCUGAGAUACUUUUGAAAAAUACUUCCUUUUGCAGUAACACAACUGCUUUUCGAGUUAGUCUCAAUGAAUGAUAUUUCACAAAUACGUAGUUGUCGAAUAGCCCUUUCAUUUUGUUUGUAUUCGAAAUGGGCUAGAUAAGGAAUGAUGCUUUGAAGAACUUUCCGCAUUCAGAGCCACCCAAUGGCUUUCAUUUUGUAAAUUUUCUAAAUGGAAUUUAUUAUAGUUCAGGAAUGGUGCUCUUAUAUUUAGCUAUUUUAACGUUCGUGUACCCUUGAAAACAUCCUGUUCAAUAACGAGAAGUGGUUCGA